AUGUCAAGAGAUAGUAAAACAUUGAAUCCUAUGAAACCAUACAAUGAUAUGUUUGACAUUAUGGAUGAUACUAAUGAUGGGCUUCAAUUUACAAGCGACGAAUUAAAUCGCUACUUUCUAUCAGGUCAUUUGAAGCCGACAAUAAACGAAGAUGAAGUUUUGGAAAUCGAUACAUUCGAUAACUCCAGUGAUGUUCAAAACAUGAAAGAACAUGAAGAAGAAGAAGAAGAAAAACCACAACAAGAUACUGAAACUAUUUUAUCACAAAAAAUGAGUGAAUUAUCAACAAAUAACCAGAAGGAAUGUGAUUCAUUUGCUACAACUGAUAAAAAGCGACGAUCCAGCACUUCAAAUACAAAUUCCAAAAGAAUGAAAAUAUCUUAUGAUGAUGAAGAAGAAGAGGAAGACGAUCUCAUUUUUAGCAAACAAUAUGAAAUACCAACCUAUUUACAAAUGAACAAUAAAUCAUUUAUUCGUAUGGCACAACAUAUAAUGAAAGAUAUUCAUUCGUUUACUCUGAAUGAUAUACAUAAAAUAGUUGUAUCAAUGUACCUUAUUGAAAGUUUGCAUAUUAAAAAACAAAUUGCAGAAAUCUAUUUGAAGUCAGUCACAGGUAUAUUACAAGGGCCAGACUACGAUUUGGUUGAAGUGGAUCAUCGAGUUGUGCCCAUUCAAAUAAAAUCCCUCAUGUUCAAACAGUGUAAAUUAAUGACCAUGGUGCCUAACUCUGUUACAACUGCAACUGACACAACUUUCGAUCCUGAGCAAUUUGUUUGUCAACAUUUACGAGAACUAAAUGAAACUAUUGAACAUUUACAACAACAAUUAAAUGAACUAAAAACUUCUUUAAUUGGAUUUACAGGCGCAAUGGAAGAAUGUAUCCAUAUCUAUAUAAAAGAAUAUGGAAUUAAGCCACUUGAAUUGAAACGUGAUACUACAAUAACAAAGAUUACAUACAAUUAUGAAUCAGAAAUCCUAAAACGAAAAUAUUUAGAGGAGCAACCGAAUGAAUAUCAGAUUGAAGUAGUACAACGUCUUAUUAACAGAAGAUGUGAAACUGAAAAUUCGAAACGAUUAUUAAUGGAAUUGAAACAAGGCAUUUUCUUUCAUAAAUCAUUUAUUUUUUUCGAUCCUCUCCAAAUAUCUAUACCAACGGUGCCAUCGAAUACAACAAACGAUAAACUUUACCGACAAUUUUCAAAUAUGCACGAAAAAAUUAUUGAUUAUCACAAACUUGAUUCAUUAGCUGUGCAUCUAUUACAAGCUGAAAUAAGAUAUUAUCGAUGUCAAAACAUUUUUGAUUCGGCUCUAUCUCAAAUGUGGACAAAUCACCGUAACUUAGUUAAAAAUCAAGGAAUGACUACUGGAUUACUUAAUUUAAUUGAAAAACAGUUGGAUAAUGUUACUAAUCGAUGGAGAGAUGUCUACAAUUAUAGGAUCGAUUAUUUUCUUCAAAAUUCUUAUUAUGAAUUUGAUUCUUUGAAUCACAACGAAAAACAAGAUACGCCACAAAAAAUUGGAUUUUCAUAUUCCCUUUUUAUUGAUACUAAACACCGAUUCACACAAAAACAACUACAAAUAUUGAGUCGUGGGCCAAGUUAUAUUCCACCUUGCCAAACAUAUAUUUCGUUUGCGAACAAAUCCAUGUAUGAUAUUACAAAAAAACAAUUCGCUCCAUUGAAUCAUCAAUUAGCUAGUAUAUUCGCAAAGCAUAACAUUCAUUUACCCGUUCGCAUGGAAUUUCAAAGUAAGAUGUAUGAAAAAUUCGAAGAAUUAUUUUCGAGUCAAAUACCAUCGUCUUUAUAUGAGCGUGCUUAUUAUGAAAAGGAAUUGAUUCAAUCAAUUCGAAAUUCUUUAAAGAAAAACAAUCUUAUUUUACGACGUACUGCUGACAACAUGAAUACUUUCUAUGUGGGCAACAUUCAAGAUUUUGAAACAAAAGCCGAAAACUUUUUCAAUAGAUCGGAUGAUUAUAAAGUUCUAGUCGAUUUCAAUUUAGAAACAAAUGAAAAACCAUUACACAUUGCAUUAAAGGAUAUGAUUGAAUCAAUGAAUUCUCUUAUAGAAAAAUUAAAAACACAUAAAUCUAUCAAGGAUGAUUUAUACAACCGAUUAGUUGCUGAUCCAACUAAAGUCAAACUGCCAUACUUAUAUUUUUUGCCAAAUGUUUCCAAAGAUAAUACUACAACGUUAGUACCAUUUAUUACAUCAAAGUAUAGUUCGACAUGGAAAAUUGGCAAAUAUCUGAAUCAAUUAUUAAGACCAUUUGUUGAUAAAAUUUUAAAGUCAAAAACCUUUUACGAUGAAUCUGAUUUUAUUCGAAAAUUAAAUUAUUAUGCCAACACAGAACGUCGUCUUCGUUCUACAACUCUUUUUUGUACGGUUCAGAUAACAAAUUUUUAUACUAUGGAUACACAUAAAAAUAUGCUCGAUAUUGUUGAACACUUCUUGAGUAAUAAUUUGGCAACUAACAAACUUGAAUCACUCACAAUUGAAACAAUUCGAAAUUUAUUAUAUUUAGUUCUUUAUAAUAAUGUCUUUUAUUAUAAGAAUAAAUUAUAUGCAUUUACCAAAGGUGGACCAAAUACGAUGCCACUAACAGAAACAUUAUCAACUAUUGAUGUCUCAAUCUGGCAAGAGAAAAUAUUAAAAGAAAUUGAUGAAAAUAUUGAAUUCUUUGGAAGAUACAAAGAUCGAUUAUUUUUUACUUGGAAUAAAUCAAGUGCACUUGAACUUGAGACUUUUCUAGAAGAUAUUCGAGAAAAAUUUUCAAAUGUACGUUUUCAAAAAUUAAUUGGAACCAGUGUACAAUUUCUGAAUGCUUAUAUCGAGAAUCGAGAAGGACAAUUAUAUACUCGAGUUCAUAUUGAUACAAACAUUCCUCGUUAUACAUUGCCGUAUGUUACAGGCUGUUCUAAAUCAGCGUAUAGUGACUGGCUACAAUCAGCUUUAAUUCGUGCUGCAUGUUUCUGUACAUUAGUUGAUGAUUUUCAACAGGAACGUGUGUAUCUUGAAUUAACUCUUCUAAUUAAUGGCUAUUCAUUGUUAUUUGUGGAAACUCAUGUCAAACAUUUCUUCAAUUAUUUUCAUGCUCAAACUAUGCGAUUUUCGAGUAAUCAAAAGGCAUAUGAUAAGUUUCGUGGUCAAUGGCUCGAUUUUACAAUAUAUCGACAACAACUAUCAGUAGAACUUGAAAAGUUUGCUGAUAAUGGUCGUUUAUUUGCUUUCCACUACAUGUAUGACUUUGGACCACGCUGUCGUUUCAACCGAGAAUUUCGUCGGCUUUGGUUUGCAUAUUUUCAACAUCAUCCAGUUUUUUCGGAACCAAACUCGAAGAUCACAUUGACAAGCAAGAAUUUUCAUUCAUUAAAUACAUUAUUAGCUUUCGAAAACCCACUUAAUUCAAUUCAGCAAUGA